UUUCUUAUUUGAAUUCCUAACAGUGUAUGAGACGAUAAAGUAGUUGGCAGUGUUUGUCCUGUCCGGAAACUUCGCCAAUAGACAUUGUAGAUUUUGGACAAAGAAUUGGGAUGUAUUUAGGAGUGCAAAAUAAAUGACACAAGUAUUUAUAUUGCUGUUUGCCUCAUGCUACUAUCAACUAUGAAUGCUCUUCAAAUAUUCAUGAUCCUGGCUAUAUUGCUCUCAACUGAAGGAAAAAGAUGUUCUCAAAAGAAAUUAGAUCUAUUUGUAGUACUGGAUGGAUCAAAACAGAUCAGCUCAAAGCAAUUUAGUAAAGUCCGCAGAUGUCUUCAAACUUUUGUGUCACGACUGGAUGUAGGACUUGGUCGUACUCAUGUUGGUUUUUUGUUGGCGAACAAAAAAGAAAGAACAAAAAUGGAGAUUGGUUUGGGUCAGUACACUUCAAAAGAAGGUUUGCAUAACGCUAUUGGACAAAUCGAGCAGCACCGAAGAAGAAAAUCUGAUAUAGGUUAUGCAUUGAGUUAUGUUCAUACUAAGGUAUUUACGAAAAAGGAUGGCGAUCGUAGAAAAGUGAACAACGUUCUUAUUUUACUAACGCACAGAAUUCGUCCCAUGCAAUUAGAAAAUGUCCUAAAAAAUGCUGUGAAACUGAAAAGAAAUAAAGUUGAAAUAAUAACUGUGUACAUAGGCGAAGAUAAAAUGACAUGGAAUGUACAGGAUGAGUUAAGAGCCAUAGCAUCACUACCAGAGAACGUUCUUACUCUUCGAUCAACUAAAAGAUUUAGAAAAACAUUGAAACGAAGAAUAUGUCCGUCUGUCCGUGCACUUCAUCCCUCCAAAGGAUGCUCACGUCAAAACCACGAUGUUUUUUUUGUGCUUGAUGGUUCUGGCAGCAUUAACUCAAUAUUUUUUGAGAAGAUAAAGCAUUUUUUGAUCGAAGUUGUCAAAAAACUUGAUGUAACGCCGCAUGGCACACACGUCGGACUUUUACAGUUCAGUCAUAAGUUAAAGACGAAAACCGAAUUUAAUCUCGGCGAGCAUACGGCAUUUGAAGAUAUCAAAAAUCAUAUCGUGAAAAUGCCGUAUCAACAAGGAGGAACGGAUACUGGACACGCUUUGGAAAUCGUUAAUACAGAGAUAUUUUCCGAAAGUGUUUCCUAUCGUCCGAAUAUUUCUGAUGUUGUUGUGAUACUGACUGACGGUCAGGCAAGUGACCGAAAGAAAGCCAUUCUGGAGGCAAAAAAAUUACGGAAAAAAGGUGUCAAAAUUAUUACGUUGGGAAUCGGCGAAAGAAGACGAUUGAAUGGUUCAGAAAUGAUCUUGAAUUGAUGGCAUCGAGACCGAAUGAUGUAUUUACAGUUGACUUCACAAAGCUUACGUAUUUAGUCAAUGUACUGACGUCAGAGAUUUGUUACGCUAAAAAACAUAUAGCUGAGAAGUGUGCUCAUAAACAACGUGACAUACUUCUUCUUGUCGAUGGUUCAGCAAGUGUUGGCUAUGAGAACAUGAAAAUAGUGAAGACUUUCUUGAAGCGUCUUGUCUCAAAACUGCAUAUCAGUAUUCACACAAACCGUGUCUCGUUGAUACAGUUUAGCUCAUUGGAAAAAACCAAGAAAGAGUUUUCCUUUGAUCGUAGCGAGAAUGUAAAGCAAGCCCAUGAGGGGAUUGGAAACAUGACGUUUCAUGCAGGAAAACGGACCAUGCUUGGUAAUGCACUUGAAAUGGCAAACAAUGAGAUAUUUUCGGGUCUUCACGGUGAUCGAGAGCAAGUUAGUGACGUAAUCAUCCUGAUGGCAGACGGUGGAGCACAUGAUGCAGCUAUAGCCUUAGAAAACGCUUCAAAACUAAAGAAACGUGGUGUACAGAUAAUCACAGUUUAUAUACCAAACAAAACAGACUUAAAGAAUAAAAAGCAGAAGUUGCAGAACACUGAGUUUUUGAAAAGAAUAGCAUCUAGAUCAGAAGAUUUCUACACAUCCAAGUUUAAUGAGCUCAAAUAUAUCGCUGCCGAUCUUGUGAAGGUUGUUUGCACAAGCAGCUAAAAGUUGAUAUAUAAGAUAAAAAAUUAUGUAUUAAGUAUUGAAAAUAUGAAGUAUUUAUUGAAUAACAUUGACUUGUCCCACAUUUUCCCAUUGAUUGCCUGUCAUUUCUUUUGAAAAAUAGGCACAAGCUUCAGUCUUCUAUAAAUCAAAAGAAAUUUAAAAUUUUCACUCCUAAAUGCAAUUCUUCCAUCAACUAACGUCAAUUUACAAUCGACUGACGUCUUCAGUAUUUGUGCCUCAUUACCAGUCGAUCGUUCUCGAUAUAAACUAUAUUACAAAUGAAAAAUAAUUAAUGUAUUAUAUAUGUUGUAUAAGGACAAAUACAAAUGACCACGAGACAUUUAAAUAUGUAGUACAUAUAUUUAUAUAUAGUAUAUAUUGACGGAGCAUACGAUACCGCAAUGUUUUUUAAACAGGUCCAACGUCAAACAAGACGUCAAUUCAUUGUAAGUUAUUACUUUUGUAAAUACUUCUAAAUUUAACGUUUCAACUUGUGUUGAAAUAUCAUCAAAUGAACACCACUUUCAACAUCAAAA